AUGUGGAAACAAACAAAUCAGGAGAGAUCGGAACGUAAAGCCUCGAGAAGUAGGGGGAGGGAAUUUAGAAGAAAUGACAGGGAGACAUCCUAUAGAUACUCACCAAAGAGAACCCCAAAAAUAAAGGGGGGGGAAUUUAAUGGGAAGAGACAAAAUUCACGGUUCAUCUCAGAGUCACAGAACCAACCCAUCAUUCCCACUAGGAAAGGACCGCACUACGAAGGAAGACAUAUAACAUUAGUAGGUGAUCAUACAAAUAGAGAUCAUAUUAACACUCAAGAAAUAGGGAGACAUCACUUUGCCACAAAACCUAAAAUGUAUAGUGAUGCGGUUAAAGAAGGCUUGCAUAACCCCCAUAAAAAGAACCAAAUGGGGAAAAUAUUGAACAUGAGGCAAACCAACAGUGAGAAAUCAGAAUCCAUCCUAACAAGAAAUAGAGAUAGAAGUAGAAGUACAAGCAAAUCAUUACCCCCAGAUACUCCCCCGUCACCUUCUUUUUUUCGGAAGGAUUUGAUACAGAACAGAAAAAAGCGGACAAACGAUGCACAACUAUGGGACAUGCAGGGAAAAAGACAAAGAUCAAUGGAAGAAGAAGAAGAAAGAGAAGAACUAGAAAGGAGUCACAGGGAAAAGAGGGGGAAAAUAUCGAUUUGA